CCGUCCCCUCACCGGGUCGAAAGGUGGCCCCUGCCCGCCCAUGGCGGUCCUCCGUAACCUCUCCGCCCUCCUGGUCCGGCCCUUUGCUGUUCAUGCCCGCGCGACGAAUCGCGCCCAUUUCAAGUCACCCGCGCGCGGUCUCGCGACUGCUAAGGCGCCCUCAUCCCUCUUCACGCCGUUGGACACCUUCGCCGACCGCCAUAUCGGUCCCGACGACCAUGAAAUAUCGCAUAUGCUGAAGAAACUUGGUUACGAUUCCAUGGACGCGUUCAUUGCCGACACUGUCCCGGACAAAAUCAGGACUUCUGCCACAUCCGUCAGCAACGACUCUAUCCCGUCUCUCAGCGAGUCGGAGUUGUUCCAGCGCGCGAAAGAGCUGGGCAGAGCGAACAAGCCGUUCAAGAGCUACAUUGGUAUGGGCUACCACAACGCGGUGGUACCACCUGUCAUUUUGCGGAAUGUUAUGGAAAGCCCGGCUUGGUACACGCCGUACACUCCCUACCAGCCUGAGAUCGCCCAAGGUCGUCUCGAGUCGCUGGUGAACUUCCAGGCGAUGGUGAUGUCAUUGACGUCGAUGGACAUCGCCAACGCGUCUCUUUUGGAUGAAGCCACGGCUGCAGCCGAGGGCAUGGUCAUGGCCUUUACCGGAUCAAACGGCAAAAAGCGCACCUUCUUCGCGGACAACGGAGUCGCCCCUCAGACCGUCGCCGUGCUCAGGACUCGCGCUAAGGGUUUUGGUAUCAAACUGGUUGUCGGUGAUGCGUUGGAGGAUCUUGACGACGAAGCCCUUCGGAAGGACCUCUGUGGCGUGCUCGUCCAGUAUCCGGAUGUCAACGGUGCCGUCAAAGACUUCUCCGGUUUGGCACAUUCCGUACAUACCGCAGGCGCUCUUCUGGUCUGCGCUACCGACCUCCUGGCGCUUACGAUGCUCAAGCCGCCCGGUGAAUGGGGCGCGGACAUCGUUCUCGGCAACUCUGCUCGCUUCGGUGUUCCUGCUGGCUAUGGCGGUCCUCACGCCGCAUUCUUUGCAUGCACGGACAAGCUCAAGCGGAAGAUGCCUGGUCGUCUCAUCGGUCGUAGUCGCGAUGUCAACGGGAAGCCGGCGUAUCGUCUGGCCCUUCAGACUCGUGAGCAGCACAUCCGUCGCGAGAAGGCUACUAGCAACAUCUGCACGAGUCAGGCGCUCCUCGCGAACAUGGCUGCCAUGUACGCCGUCUACCACGGCCCCGUCAGCUUGCAGCGUAUCGCCCAGAAAGUCCACUGUCUGACGCAGACGGUCAAGACUGCGGUGGAGUAUUAUGGUUACAAGGCAGUCAGCACUCACUUCUUUGACACCCUCACCAUCGACGUCAGCAGUGCAGUCAAGGAUGCGGAUGCGGUCCACGCCGCCGCCCUGGCAGCCGGCAUCAACUUGCGCAAGGUCGAUGCCAAGCACGUUGGGCUGACUCUGGACGAGAGCGUCGGCGCGGAAGACGUCGUGUCCUUGAUCAAUGUCUUCGCUAGGGCCGCCUCCCAGCCUGCCAUCUCCGCAAGCGACCUUACCCCGCCUGAGACCCUUGCCGUCCCCGACCCUCUGCGUCGCACCUCCAGGAUACUACCCCAUCCGGUCUUCAACACGCACCACUCUGAGACGGAGAUGCUCCGCUACAUCUACCAUCUCCAGUCGAAGGACCUUGGCCUGGAGCAUGCGAUGAUCCCCCUUGGUAGCUGCACGAUGAAGCUGAACAGCACGAGCAGCAUGGUCCCGCUCACCUGGCCCGAGUUCAGCCCGGUGCAUCCCUUCGCGCCCAAGGACCAGGUUGAGGGUUAUCUCCAGGUCAUCAAGGAAUUGGAGGAAGACCUCCGCAAGAUCACCGGUUUCGCUGCGUGCUCCCUCCAACCCAACUCCGGUGCCGCUGGCGAGUACGCUGGCUUGUCUGUUAUCAGGGCAUACCACGAGUCUCGUGGGCAGGGUCACCGAGAUAUCUGCCUUAUCCCUCUCAGCGCGCACGGCACAAAUCCUGCAUCUGCUGUCAUGGCAGGUCUCAAGGUUGUUCCCGUCAAGACUCAUGCAGAUGGGAACCUCGACCUAGAGGAUUUACGCACAAAGGCCGAGAAGCACAAGGACAACCUGGCAGCUUUCAUGAUCACCUAUCCGUCGACGUUCGGUGUCUUCGAACACGGGGUGCAAGACGCGUGCAAGAUCAUCCACGAUAAUGGUGGUCAGGUCUAUCUGGACGGCGCUAACCUCAACGCGCAGAUCGGUCUUACAAACCCUGCCAUCUGCGGAGGUGAUGUCUGCCAUAUGAACUUGCACAAGACAUUCGCCAUUCCUCACGGCGGCGGUGGACCCGGUGUCGGCCCUAUUUGCGUUGCCGGGCACCUUGCGCCCUUCCUUCCAUCACAUCCUCUCGUUGCUACUGGGGGUGACAAGGCAAUUGAGGCCGUCGCAGCAGCCCCCUUCGGAAGCGCAUCUAUCCUCUUGAUCUCCUGGGCGUACAUCAAGAUGCUUGGAGGCUCUGGCUUGUCUGAUGCCUCGAAGGUCGCGCUUCUGAACGCGAACUACAUGGCCCACCGUUUGUCCGGACAUUACACCCUCCGCUACAAGAACGGCAACAACCGCGUCGCCCAUGAGCUCCUGAUUGACCUCGCCGAGUUCGACAAGGCCGCUGGACUGAAGGUCAUGGACUUCGCGAAGCGUCUGCAAGACUACAGUUUCCACCCGCCCACCUGCUCCUGGCCCACUCCCACCUGCAUGCUCAUCGAGCCCACUGAGUCUGAGACCCUCGAGGAGAUCGAUAGGUUCUGUGAUGCCAUGAUCCAAAUCCGCAAGGAGGCAGAGGAUAUCAUCACCGGCAAGCAGCCCAAGGACAACAAUGUCCUAAAGAACGCACCCCAUCCCAUCUCCGUCAUCGCCCUCUCCGAAGAGGAGUGGAAUCGUCCCUAUUCCCGUCAGACUGCUGCAUACCCCGUGCCAUGGCUCCUUGAGAGGAAGUUCUGGCCCACCACCUCCCGCAUCGAUGAUGCCUACGGCGACCUCCACCUCAUCUGCGACUGUCCCUCCGUAGAGGAACUUGCCUCUACCCACUGAAUGAACACACCUAAUGGACCAUCGUAGAGAUGUUAGUAUACGUUAUUACAUGGGCUUUCGCUCUCCCGGAUGUCCCGCCCCGACCAGCGUACUGUUCAACCACGCGCACACAUCUGUAUUAUACCUUGCACGUUAUCGUUCACGCAAUAGAUUGCACGCAUCGCUAU